AUGAAGCAACCCAGAGAGAUGAUUUAUCUGCCGGCGACCGGAGCAAAGGUUUUUCCUGCGCCCAAGAAGGGCCGAGGGGCAGCGCGGGGGAGAGGAGCACCAUGCGGGCUGCUCACGAACCCCGCGGCGCCCGCGGGGAACAGCAGCAAGCCCGACCGCGGCGGCGGCGGCAUCCUCAAGAGCAAGACCUUCUCCGUGGCCUACGUGCUGGUCGGGGCUGGAGUGCUGCUGCUUUUGCUUUCCAUCUGCUUGAAUAUCCGCGACAAGAAGAGGCAAAGCGAGGACAUCACUAGGAUCCAGCACCAGGCAUCUGCAGAGCCUUCGCAGCAGGAGGACAGCCAAGAAGAGGAUGAAGAUGCAUCUUCCCAGUACUACGUCCCCAGCUACGAGGAAGUUAUGAACUCGGGCUACGCCGAGCCCAGGGACUCGGAUAGGAGCAACAGGCUCAGCGUCUCCCUGCCCUCCUACGAGUCCCUCACGGGGAUGGAGGAGAGCGCGGCGGGGCCGGGGCCCGCGG